CAUCCGCCCUCCUGGGUAGGGGGCGCCCGUGGGGCCGCAGACGCGGCUUGUGGGGAGCGCUACCCCCAAAGGGGCCUAGGGAAAAGUCGCUUGGGAGAGGAUUCCCGAAACACCUUCCCACCUCCCCUCUCUCUGAGUGUUGGGGACGUUUGGUUAGGUCUUGUACGGCCCCAAGCAUGGGACGCUCGGAUCCGCCAGUAGAUGCCACCUCUUAAUCUUUCAGGCCGCAACGAAAUGGGCCACCAAGUGCGUCCCGCAGGAAUAGUGAUUUACCGAGAUAACCUUUUAUUUUCACAGAGACGAUACUUAAGGUACAGGGAAAAACCAUUUCCUGAAACAUCUGAGUUGUAAUUCGAUCUUGAGUUACCGACCACAGUCAGGGGGCAAACAUGCUUCGUGCCACGAGUGAACUGGAGUUUUCGAACGAAAAAAAUACGGAGGAGAUCUCCCAGCUCGCUUCCCUGGUGCUGUCAGGUGACACAUCAACCGGCGAAAAAAACUCAACUGGUUUACCCGAAAAAACUGGCUAUCCGGACUCCGUUUACAUUAUGGCAGCAAACAUUUUCCAGGGUAUUCGAUUCGAAAAGUCGCCAGAGAAAGUCUUAAUAAAGUAUGGGAAUGAACCCCUGCGGUCCUUGCCGGAGUCUGAGGAUGAAUCCUUUCAGCGUUCGUCCUAUGAGCUGGCUUUCAGUGCUCUGAAGUUUCAAGAUAUUUUGGAAGCUAUAUUAAUAGACAGCUGUAUCUUCCCAAGUACCACAAUACCAGAUCAUUUGAGCAGUCUUAUUAUUGUGAUGCUGUAUGAUUUUCAAGAUAGAAAAUUUCAAGCUCGUUUCCUUUCUGAUAAUGAAGAACCCAUAGCAGAAGUUCAAGAAGUAGAGAACCUUCUUAACAGUUUUAAGAUAAAAUUGGCUGCAGCAUUGGCAAGAUGUCGAAUCAAACACGAUGCCCUUUCAAUUUACCACAUUCUUCCAGAAACAGUUAGGAACCAGGAACUAAGGGCCUCCACUUUGCCACUUUAUGCUUGGAUAAAUACUUGUAAAAUCAGCCCCGAAGAAGUUUAUUAUAGUUUGAAGAAAAGAGGCUAUAAUAAAGUCAAAUCUGUAUUGCAUAUUGAUGAUAAAGUCUUUGCUGUGGACCAACAUUGCUAUGAUGUCUUAAUUUUUCCAUCUCAUCUUAAAAAUAAUCUUCUAAAUAUAGAUCUUUUCAAAGAUUAUAAACUUAUAUUUCAGGACAAAUCUCGAAGUCUCGCUGUCCAUUCUGUAAAGGCUUUAUUAAAUAUGGAUGAUGAUAUCUUAAUGGUCAAUACAGGUUCAUGGUACACAGUUGCCCAUAUGUCAAUAUUAACAAAUAAUAAUACCUCAAAAAUAUUUGUGUGUGGAGUAAAAUCUCAAGCUAAGGAUCCUGACCUGAAGAACCUUUUUACAAAAAUGGGAUGUAAAAAUAUUGAAAUACUUCAUGAGGCAUUUCUGAACAUUGAAUCAAAGGAUCAUAGAUUGCAGAAAGUUAAAGUGAUUCUGCUGCUUCCUCGCUGCUCAGGACUGGGUGUUAGUAAUCCAGUGGAGUUUAUAUUAAAUGAGCAUGAAGAUACAGGUUUACUUAAAGAUUUCUCUCAAGGAGGUACAUCAGAAGAUAAACUUCACAUUCUUGUUCAACAGCAAUAUGAACAGCUAACACAUGCAAUGAAAUUUACUAAAGCUCAAGCAGUUGUUUAUUGCACGUGUUCAGUUUAUCCAGAAGAAAAUGAAGGUGUUGUUAAGAAAGCACUGGAAUUUCAAGACCAUGGGAUUAAAGUACAACCUUAUAGGCUUAGUCCUCCUGUCCUUCCACUGUGCUCCUUAAAGGAAAUACAUUUGUCUACUGAUAAGUUUUUCAGAAUGGAACCAUCUGAAAUUACCAAUGGUUGUUUUCUUUCUGUUCUAACAAGGGAGCGGGACCCAUCUGAGGCAGUGUCUGUGAAAGAUGUUUUGGCCCGUGCUGCAGCAAAGGGUCUACUGGAUGGAAUUGAGUUGGGUAAAGCUUCAAAACGGGAGAAGAAGAAGAAGAAAUCAAAAAUACCAUUGUCAAAAGCCCACACUAAUGAUAGUAAUGACAUCCAAAGGAAAAUUGCUGAAUUCCUGAAUCGAGAAAGUAAUGCAAAUGCUAAUCGGUCAGAGACAUUAGCAACAAAAACAUCUCUUCCACAGAAAAAUACAACUACAGCUGGUUCUUCCUCGCAUGUCAGAAAACCCAACAAGCCCACCAGCAAUCCUUUAGUGCCUACAUUUAUGAAGAACACAGCUCAACCCAGACCGUAUGAACGGCAGACAAACUUUGUAAGAUCUCGCCCAGAAGACAGAGUGAUGGCACUGAAACCUGUAGAGAUUGUUUUGCCUCCAGUAAUGUUGCCAUUUUCAGGUUCCCAAGGGAUCAAAUCUCAGAUACCAACUCAACAUUUUUACUAUCGUUGGGUUGGACCCAAGACUGUCAUGCCCAACUACUUUCCCUCACCAUCAAUAUCCAGAAGAGGGGAAAAGCCUAGAGAAAACUUACCUUCCUCCCUACUCAGGCAUCCUCGACCAUGGCUUUGACCAUCUUGUGUUUUUUACAGGGGUCAAGAGCAGUUCAUGUUUUUUCAAAGUCUGAUAUUUCUCUGAGGUUAGCCAUCCCUAUACAAGAUACUCAUCCUUUUGGCCACUUAGUAUCUUCUAAAGGUGCUAUUAACUUCAAGAGAAUUAAGACAAGUGAGAAAUAACAAUGUAGGCACUUCAACAAAAGCAGAAUUCCUACAUUUCAACAGCUCAGUGCUGAUCUGUUCUAGAAUGUCCAGCUUAGACUCAGGAUCAGCUGUUAGAACUUGUAUCCCUCUUGUUAACUUUCAGUCUGGACUCAGGACACCAGUUUUAAGAGAAAGCUGCAACAAUUUUUCCUGACGGGAAAUACUGUCUGCCUUAUAACAGACUUGAGGUGGUUUACUAGAGUGUAGAUACGGAAAAGAUGCUGGCCUCUCACACUGACUUUAUGUUGCUUUUUCAGUAUCCACCUGCGGUUUGACAUUUUCAAUCGCUGUGGAGGUUGAUUUUUUUCUUAAAUAUCAAAAUAUUCUUUAAACGGUGGAGGGGGGGGGUGGUGUCAUGAGUUUUUGUGAUGUGACUGAGAUUGAGUAGGAAGAACAGGAGGUUCCGAAGUUCCAGGUGUGCACAGUUCAGAAGUACGUUAACAGCGCAAAAAUGGUUUCUCAUCGAAAGAGCUUCUGGGAUCCUGAGCAGACUGAACACAAUCAGCUAUCCCUUCUGCCAAACAUGGUUGUAAAAAAGUGACUGUACACAAAUUUCCAUCCAAAUAGUAAUAAUUCUGAGGAAGAGGCAAAACUGUUGACUGCAAGUGACACCUGUUAUUGAAGAAAUCCAUAAAAAUGUCUGAUUCUGUUCAAAGAUCAGGUGAAAUGCUAAAAUCUACAAGUCAUUUCAAAUGGUACACGGUAAUCAAACUGGUAAAUCAUCUCUGAUGCACAACUGAAAUAUAUUGUAGCACUAUGUUAAUUAUAUUAAAAGUCAAUUCAUCUUGAAUGUAUCAUCCAUUGCCUACCAAGAAUUGGUAUGAUUAUCAUUUUGGGGUCUAUUGAUUUUUUUUUUUCUUCAUCAUGGAAACAGAAAUUGUUUGACAUUUAAUCAAGUAAGUUACAACUAUGAAACCUAUUGUUUAAAAACAUGUUCAUAGACACAAUGUUUGAAUAUAAAGUUCUAUUUUCAGAAUCUAGUCGUGUUGAACAGUGUUAUGUAAAUUCCUAAAUGUUCAAUUCAGGUGGCAUGAUUUCAGUAGAGUAUUAUCUUCUUCAAGAUGAAUUUUUAGGUCUGUUUCAGCCUAAUACCCUAUCCUUUAUUUUCUCACUUGAAGUGAGGCUCAACAAAACGGCGAAUUUCAUUUUAUUGGUAAUAAAUCUUUAUUUUAGCUAAAAAUUUACAUAGAAUGUGUCAACGAAGAAAGGGAACAAGCCUUCGUAUACUUGGAAAUUUCAAUCCUCAAAGAAUUCUCAAUUAUGACUCUCAGCAGGUCCAUAAGUGUUUUAAAUGCUCAGCUUAUUUUACUGACUGCAAAAAUAAAAAACGAUAGAUUUCUUUGUUCCGGAUGUGCUGUCUCUCCUCUUGCUCUGGCUUGGAGCACUCCGUGCCCCGAGGGCACUAGUGCAGCUGCAGUGAACUUUGUUGGGUGAAGAGCUGGAGUGUUUUCCAGGGAAUCGCUCAUUCCCCCUGUGCUCUGCCCCUGCCCCAAGCUGCAAAGGAUGCCACUGUCCAUGAGUAGCAGGUCUCAGACCCUUAUUUUG